CACAGUAGAGAGCGAGAGCGGUAGGGAAGUGACCGAAGGCUUCAAUGUAGGUUUCCGGGUAAACACGGAUUGUUUUAUCGGUUUCUUUUUAAUCAAUUACCAGGGGGAAAAAUAAAUACAAUCCAGGAAAAUGCUGUGCCAUGUGACGCGGCCGGACUCGGUGGUGAUGGAGGUGGAAGUUGAUGCGAAGGCGAAUGGAGAGGAUUGUCUGAACAAGGUAUGUAGGAAGUUAGGGAUCAUUGAGGUGGACUAUUUUGGAUUGCAGUUCUCCGGGAGCAAAGGAGAAAACCUGUGGCUGAACCUGAGGAACCGAAUCUCGCAGCAGAUGGACAGCGUGACUCCUUGCAGACUCCGAUUGAGAGUCAAGUUCUUCGUCGAGCCACAUUUGAUACUUCAAGAGCAGACCAGACACCUGUUCUUCAUGCACGUUAAAGAGGAUCUGCACCGCGGCCACCUGCGCAUGUGCUCUGAGCAGGCCGAGGAGCUGAGCUCCCUCCUGGCACAGGCGGAGUUCGGCGACUACAACCAGAACACGGCCAAAUACUGGUACACCGAGCUGUGUGGAAACGAUCCCGACCAAGAGACUGUCAACAGCAUCAUAGCCAAGCACAAGGCUCUCGAGGGGCUGAGUCGAGGCUCCGUGGAGUAUCAGGCCCUCCAGCUGAUAGCAUCUCUUGACCACUAUGGCGUGGAGUGGCACUGGGCGCGAGAUGCAGAGAGCCAGAGGCUGGCGAUCGGAGUGGGGCCUGACGGCAUCGCCGUCUGCAGGGACGACUUCAGCCUGGUCAAUAGAAUUUCUUAUCCUUUAAUCCAAAUCGCCACACAGUCAGGGAAGAGUGUGUAUCUGACCGUGACGAAGGAAAGCAGCGACAACGUGGUCCUGCUCUUCAAGCUGAUCAGUAACCGAGCAGCCAGCGGGUUGUACCGGGCCAUCACCGAGACGCACGCCUUCUACAGGUGCGACACCGUAACCAACGCGGUCAUGAUGCAGUACAGCCGCGACUUCAAGGGCCACCUGGCGUCGCUUUUCCUCAACGAGAACAUCAACCUGGGCAAGAAGUACGUCUUCGAUAUCCGCCGGACGUCCAAAGAGGUGUACGACUACGCCAGAAGGGCGCUGUACAACGCCGGCAUCGUGGACCUAAUGUCCCGCUCGGGGGAGCGUUCCCCCUCCUCCCGUUCGCCGUGGCACAGCCAGGAGAGUGUUCCAGAAUGUGGAGGAUGUCAGCAGAACCGGCUGCUGCAGGAGAAACUUCAGAAGCUGCGUGAGGCCUUCUUGUGCAUGCUGUGCUGCGAGGAGGAGAUCGACGCCGCUUUUUGCCCCUGCGGCCACACCGUGUGCUGUCAGAACUGUGCUGCACAGCUCCAGACGUGUCCAGUGUGUCGCUCUGAGGUGGAACACAUCCAGCAUGUCUACCUUCCCACCUGCACCAGUCUGCUGAACCUAACGAUGGGCGCCGACAGUCCUGCCCCGAUCCACCGCUCCAUGCCCACACACACCUGCACGAACAACCAUUACCGCAGUGCCGACAAGCUCUGCCAGACCUAACCCGGCUUUUUAUUUAUACACGCUUCCCGCUCCACCAAUGAAGAGACUUUUUCCCCUUUAUCAGCAUAAUUUAAGUGUAUCAGUUGAUCUGAUAAACCUGCGUCUAUUUUGUUUUUAAACCUGUUCUAAUCUGUACUAUAUCAAUUGCUUUCUUUUAUUUUAGAACCAUUUGUUUUGUUUUUUUUGAGCAUCUAUUUAACUGCAUUUUUAUACGUGUGUUUUAUGACUGGAUUUUCUUUCUGAUCGUUUUUUUUUGCCGUGAAUUGUGUGCAGUAUUUUUUUAUUUUAUUUUUUUUUGUGUGAGUGUGUGUGUGUGUGUGUGUGUUGAUGCCAAUAUUUUAUUUUUUCCCCCAAAUUUUGAAGGUCGUAGACCGUCUGAGGUCUUGCGAACACCGCCAGCCUCUAAUGGUUGUGUCUUUUUGUAUAUUUAAUACUCCAAACGCCAAAUUGCCGAGGCAAAAGGCUGGGAAGGUAUCUUUUCGAGCGGUCCGAAGAUCAACCCUGUGAUCACUAAAGACGUCCCUUGGAUACUUGGUGCAAUUGUAGUUUUUUAUUACGUGGGAUGUAUCCAAACUAGAGAAAAUCAUGACACAGUCACUUUACCAAGGCUCUGAGGCCUUAAUGUAGCAGUAACACAGUGUGUUUGUUAUGCAUAUUCAUUCUUUGCACAGACUAUUGUCGUAAAAAAGGAAAAAAAAAAAAAAAUUAAGAGGAAUUUAUUUUCUGUAUUGCUCACUGCUGGGGCAAAUUUGUAUUUCUUUCCUCCUUUUUUUUUUUUUUUUUUUUUUUUUCUUUCUUUCUUUUACAAAUAGAUUUUGUUUCUGUUUAUUUGAAGCAAAAACUAUACCCUGUAUACUUCUAGAGUCUUUUUUUUAUAUUUUCUUGAACAAGAGGUAUUAAUAAAGUUGUGAUUUUUAAA